AUGUUCCAGAAACUGUGGCCGUUCAACAGUUCAUCACAGAACGGAGCAACACACACCAUUGAGCCCCAGGACCAUGGCGUAUCGACAAAAGUUAAGCCUAUCCAUGCGUCCUUCAACAGGGGUAUCCCUCUCAACAUGAAGAUUGUUAUCCGUGGAGACAUCAGGACAGGAAAGACGUCGCUCUUCGAACGCCUACAGGGUCAUCCUUUCCCAAACGAGCACAAUUACAGGACAACCGCGCAAAUCCAAGUCGCCAAUAUCCCUUGGCAAUACGCACAUACAAAGGACAUCAUCAAGGUCGAGGUCUGGGAUGUUGUUGAUAAGGGUGUCCAGACAGGAGACCUCAAAGGACCAAGUAGCGAUAGUGCACUCAAGAUCGAGAACAACACUCUUGCAUCCCCCUCCAAAUCUAAUCCGGCCCCCGACAUAGACUCGGCUCCUCAUGCUGCUUUUGCUCUCGAUGCAUCAACAAUCGACGUGUACCGUAAUACCGACGGAGUCAUUCUUCUCUACGAUAUCUCGAAACCAUGGACAUUCGACUACGCUGCAAAAACACUCGCCGAUGUUCCUACCAAUAUCCCUGUUCUGCUUCUGAGCAAUUUCACAGAUGACAGCAAUCCCAGACCCGUUGUUUCGAACGGCCGCGUGGAAGCAUUGAUGAAGGAACACAAUGAUAUCCGUUACAAGCACCACUGUGCUCCUGCCAACUUGAUCAGGCAUCUGGAUUCCAGUAUGAAAACGGGACUUGGGCUGAAGGAGAUUCACGAGAGCUUUGGUAUCGCAUUCUUGAAUGUUUUGAGGGAAACACACAGGAAGCAGUACGAUCAAAAGACGUUGGAGAUCGGGGAGCUGCUGCAGGUUUUAGACAGGCACGCAGAGGAUGCAACAUCACGGCGAUCAGUACAGAAGGAGAAGGCUCCAGCACCAACAUCGUCAAAAAAGGCGCCACCAUUCCUCCUCCCUAUUCAGACCACAGAGCUCAAAACACUCCCACAAACCACCUCACCUACAUCACCAGCCAGGAAAACACGGAACGACCACACCAAUGUCGACAUCCUCAGCCCGACACCGGUCUCUGCACAAACACCAGCUGUUCUCUUCGACUUCAGUUCAGGAAAGCUCGAGGACGAAUUCUUUCAAAACAUCGACUUGAACUCUGGAUCAGCCAGUGCCAACAGCAAAGGAGAUCUUUCUUCCGCACAUCCUAUUCAACCAAUUGAAGAAGGACAGGAAGAUGCAUAUGAGCAAGAUAUCAACCCCAUGGUCACACGAGAUGAAGACAUCGGCGACAGAUCGAGGGAUGAGUUAACCGAUACUAUUUCGCACCAAGCCCAGUCACCUGUCUGGACUCCUGGUCAAGUCGAGAGGGAGCUUCAGAGUCGCUAUAUGAUAAAAGAAACGGAAGAAGUUCAUGUCGAAGAGCUUGCAGAUAUCGAAAAUGACUUUGAGCCAGUCGACAAUGGCGAUGAUAGUGGCAACGACAGUGACCAUUCGACUACGGAGAGCACGCCGCCAUUCAACUAUAGCCUCCGCCGGGAUUCUGAUGUCGAGAGUCAGACGGAAUUCCCAGUGGCUUCAGCCAUGUAUUAUGAGCAGGAGCCCUCCGGAUUCGAGCAGCAGGACCAUCUGCCGGUCAAUGGUCUCGAUCUCCCCGUCAGCGCAGGGGCGCUUUCGGGUUACGAAGAGAUUAUAGACGAUCGCAGCGACAACCCCUGGGGUAGUACGGGCAACCUCCUGGGUGGGGUUCCACUUCGUUCCAACGAUGACAGACGUCCCAGUGAAGGUCGCGUCGAGCCUGCCGAGGACAAGAGCGAGAGCGCGUCCGUAGUUCCUGAGACUGGAGCGAAUGGUGUCGUUGGAGUGGAGAGCGGGAAGAAGAGUAUCGAGGUCAAGACGGAUGUGUCGUCGGUAAUUAAGGUGGACGCGCUUUUGGAGGAGCCAAAUCCCUCGUUGACUAUCCAGAUCGAGAGCAGUGGGGCUGACCGUGAGGAGGACGAGAACGAGAACGAGAACGAGAACGAGUAUGAGGACGGAUCUAGUCCGAGGUCGACAGGAACAACAACGACGCCAACGACGAUGACAGCCUCUGUAGAAGAAAGACGGCCGGAAGGAGGCGACACGGAGAAGAAGAAGCCAAAGAAGAAGAAUAAGAAGAAGGGCGGCAAGAAAGGGAAAUAA